GUUCCUCAUCUCCCAAGCUGCAUGCUAGCUAGCUAAUUAAGCUCCCCAGCUCGAUUCCUAGCUAUCUAAUUAGCUAGCGAGGGAUCGAUCGAGAGCUUCUCCUUCCGGGCUUCCGGCCAGCCGGCGGGGAAUAGCUAGAAUCAGAAUGGCGGCGGAGGCGGAUGCACGGAAGGUGUGCGGGUUGCCGGAGCGGGUGCAGCUCCAUGGGGCGAUGCUGGCGCUGCAGUUCGGCUACGCGGGGUUCCAUGUGGUGUCUCGGUUUGCCCUCAACAUGGGCAUCAGCAAGCUCGUCUUCCCCGUCUACCGCAACAUCAUCGCCCUCAUCCUCCUCGUCCCCUUCGCCUAUUUCCUCGAGAAGAAGGAUCGGCCGCAGCUGACGCUGAGCUUCGUGGUGCAGUUCUUCCUGCUGGCGCUGUGCGGCAUCACCGCCAACCAGGGCUUCUACCUCCUCGGACUCGACAACACCUCCCCGACCUUCGCCUCCGCCAUCCAGAACUCCGUCCCGGCCAUCACCUUCGCCAUGGCCGCCGCGCUCCGCAUCGAGCGCGUCCGCCUCGACCGCCGCGACGGCGUCGCCAAGGUGCUCGGCACGCUGGCCUGCGUCGCCGGCGCCUCCGUCAUCACGCUCUACAAGGGCCCUACCAUCUUCGGUCCCAAGCUGCAGCUGCAGGCGGUGGCGGAGGUGCCGUUGAGGGCGGCGAUCGCCGGAGAGGGGAAGAACUGGACGCUGGGCUGCGUGUACUUGAUCGGGCACUGCCUGUCGUGGUCGGGAUGGCUGGUGCUGCAGGCGCCGGUGCUGAAGAAGUACCCGGCGAGGCUGUCGGUGACGUCAUACACCUGCUUCUUCGGCGUCAUCCAGUUCCUCAUCAUCGCCGCCUUCAUGGAGAGGGACGCCGACGCCUGGGCCUUCCACUCCGGCUCCGAGCUCUUCACCAUCCUUUACGCCGGAUUCAUCGCGUCGGGGGUGGCGUUCGCGGUGCAGAUAUGGUGCAUCGACAGGGGGGGCCCGGUGUUCGUGGCGGUGUAUCAGCCCGUCCAGACCCUGGUGGUGGCCAUCAUGGCCUCCCUCACCCUCGGCGAGAGCUUCUACCUCGGCGGCAUCAUCGGCGCCGUCUUCAUCAUCGCCGGCCUCUACCUCGUCCUCUGGGGCAAGAGCCACGAGCGUGCUCGCCUCGCCAAGGACGCCGCCGCCAUUGCCACCGACCGCGACGCCGCCCCUUGCCGGAUCAUCGCCGCCGGCAAGCAGUCCUCCUCCGUCACCCAGCCCCUCCUGCUGCCUACCUCCUCCUCCUCCGACAACGCCGUCUGACCGAUCGAUCGGUCUCUUUAUUAAUUACAUGCGUGCAUGCUUCGAGCCAUUUGAUCGAUCGAUUAGCUGCUAGUACUACAGACUUAGCUUGUUGAGAACCAAAUGAUGUUGAUGAUUUGCCUUUGCCUAUGAUAUCGAUCGACAUUAAACUAGCUAGUAGCUUGCUUGUUUUGCUAGGAUUUGUUUUGUUUGGAUCAUGCUUGUGCUUUCUUAAUUUGUAACGUCGCGAGAGAUUAAUUGCUCAAUGAUGCUUGUGCUACAUUUUGUAUAAUUAAUGUACCUACAUGUGUGCUUCAUUGUACCUA